AUGCUCGAUAUGGCCGGUUGCUACGACCCUAAUCGCAUCCUCGGAGUCACCACACUCGACGUAGUCCGUGCGGCCGCCUUCAUCGGAGAAAUCAACGGAGUGGACCCCCGCUCCGUCUCCAUCCCCGUCAUCGGGGGCCACUCGGGGGUCACCAUCAUCCCUGUACUGAGCCAGAGCCAGCCAGCUGUUAAACUGACGUCCCAGGAUCAGAUUAAGGCGCUGACGGGAAGGAUCCAGGAAGCCGGUACUGAGGUGGUGAAGGCUAAGGCUGGCGGUGGCUCCGCUACUCUGUCCAUGGCGUUUGCGGGAGCGCGUCUCGCCGGCGCCGUGCUGCGGGGACUCAAGGGCGAAUCAAACGUAGUGGAAUGCGCGUACAUCAAGUCCGAUAUCACCGAAUCUCCCUACUUCGCCAACCCCGUAGUUCUCGGCAAGAACGGAGUGGAGAAGAACCUUGGCUUUGGAACCCUCAACGCCUACGAGAAGGAACUCCUCAAGGCUGCCAUCCCUGAACUCCUCAAGAACAUCAAGGUUGGCGAGGAAUUCGUCAAGAACAGCAAGUAAAAGUAUUACAAGCAAUACAUAGUAUUUAUCAACUAAGGUUAACGUAAGGGGUAAGCUAAAUAAAGUUGUAAGAACAACUUUUACUUAGCAUCUUGCAGACGGUAGCGGCUGGUAUGUAGGUGAAUGAAUAGUGAAUUUAGAUCAAUUUUAUAGAUCCAUUUUUAACUGAAUCCUUUUUUAUAAUAGUUGCACUUUAAGCAUAAAUAGUGUAAGAGUUUAUAGUGAUUAAAUCAUGCCUAUUUUAGGAAACCUACCAACAAAGUUAUUAAUUUAUUUGCAUUUUAUUUAUUAAAUUGUUAAGUAUAUAUUGUUCAUCUGAUUUGCCAGUACCAAAGUUGCCCGGCCGGUAUAUGAUGGAUGGUUGUUGUAAAUAUUUGAUGUUAUGUUUAACACGUGAUUGUGUAUGUGGUAAUAAACUGUGUUACCUACA